AUGCUGGACCAUGCCGCCCAGUGCACCAAAGGAGUGCCCUUGAAGUUCUUCUAUGACCAAAAGUUGCUUGUUGCCCCUACGACUCAGGAGCUCGCCGGGCUCUUCCCCGAGACCGACAUUUCGGAAAUUUCAAAGAGAUUCCGAGCCGCGCUGAAAGUCAAGAACGGGAAGGAAAUCGGAAACAUCGUGGAGACUGAUGUCAGCAGGGUCUGGGCUGAGUUGGACGAGGCUCACCACCUCUGUCCCGAUCACACAUUUCAGCUCUCCCAAUGCAAGGCAGACAAGAACGAGUCUAAAGUCGACGGAGGCUUUUUUCACCAAAACGAUAAGGAGUUCCUCCUUCCGGACUGUCCAAACUGGGAGUAUCAACGCUACACCGUCGAGUUCAAGCGAGGCGGUAACGGCCUGGAUCCGUUCAGCGACGACAAUGAUAUCGAGCCCAACGCGGAUAAACGGCGGGCGGCGCGUCAUCAACUCUACGCGUACGCCAGCUGUGUCUUCGACGUCCAACAUCGCACCGCACUGUACAUGCUCUUCGUCAACCGCUCCAAGUUCCGUCUUCUGCGCUGGGACCGGUCCGGUGUCAUCGUCAGCGAGGCGACCGACUACGCUACGUCGAAGGCCAAGACGAAGAUCCUGCUUAAAGUCCUGGUCAGCCUCGCUCGCAUGCAGGACGACAAGGCCGCCCCCGACAACAUGUCCGUCCUCCAGAAGGCUGGUGUCUUGACAGUCGGUGCCGAGGCAGCGGGAUUCGACCCGACAGCACAGCGCCUGUCACCUAACUCCUGCGGUUGGGCUCGCAUGGAUCAACUCGCCCAGGUCGAAGCCGAUUUUGACGUCGACGAGUACAACACCGAGGAUCACGUUACCUCCGAACUGCCUACCGAGUUCCGCGACAACGAGCGAAGCGCCUGUUCCCCCUUCACCCCCACCGGUAGCCACCCUGAUCCGCUGGCGACGAUGGAGGAAACAGCUGGGGACGCGUGGCCAAAGCACCUGAAACGUCGCACCUUCAACUACAUCCGGCAGCGGUUCGUGCACUCUCUCAAACAGAGCAACGUGCGGUACGUGCUAGUGAUCGACAACAAGUUCUACCUCGUUGGUCGAGCGAUUUUCUGCGCGGACAACGGACCGAUCGGACGCGGGACGCGAGGGUGGAUCGCGCUGGAGUGGCACACGCAGCGCUUUGUCUUCGUCAAGGACGCAUGGCAACCUCACUGCGUCGACGCGGACCCCGAGCACGUCAUGCUCAAGAAACUCAACGACGAGAAGGUACCACACGUGCCAACGCUGGUCGCGGCAGAGAGCUACGCUGGCCAAGUCACGUAUUUCUCCGUCAUCGCCGGGACCGCCAUGCCUGCUGUCGCCCAGACAGCCCCUUCUCCGACGAAUGGUUCGCCUGUGUCGCCGACUGCCUCUUCCGAUGCUGAUCCCGUCGGUAUUUACUCGCCUCACGUGGUCAACCUCCCGGCCGUCACCAAUGCGACCUUAGCUUCCGCGGACUUGGCAACCGGAACAGAGCAAGUUGACCGCCAGCAGCAAGACGAACCCAAAGAACCUGUUCUAGAAGGAGUGCGUCAACACGUUCGCAUGGUUGUCGACGAGGUAUGCCUUCCUCUGAAGGAAUUUCCCUGCGGGGUCUAUCUCGUUCGCGCGAUCCUUCACGCGAUUGUAGGCGAGUUCUGUGCUGUCUUUUUGCUCUGGCAGCAACACGCUGACGAGAUCAUAGCCCACAAGACAGCGGUCAACAAGUGCCACCUGCUUCACCGUGACGUCAGCGCGGGAAACAUCCUUCUUUUGCUUCGGUUCGAACACAACGAAUCUGAGGGAACGUCGUGGAUUGAAUGGGAUGGUAUCUUGGCCGACUGGGAGAUGGCAAGAAGCACCGAGGCCGCUGUCGGGCCCCGCGUUCCGCCAAGGACUGGAACUUGGCCGUUCAUGUCCAUUCUGUGGCAGAAAGACCCGACGCGGGUUAUCGGGAUCGACGACGAGCUCGAAUCCUUCAUGCACGUCUUGAUCUUCGAGAGCGUCAUCUUCAUGACCCACAACUGGGACUGGGACAUGGAGUUUCUGAGGAUGUUCAUCGACCAAUACUUCCACCAGACCCUCCGGAUGUCCUGUGGCGACUGCACUUGCAGCGAAUACCGCGACAGAUGCAUCCACAAUGGCACUUUGACGCUCGGCGGCAUGAAGCUCGAAUUCCAUGCCCUCGGGAACAGCGGAAAAAAAUUUCCCGGCCACCCCCUUAACGAACUGCUCCGUUGGCUGCUCCAGAGGUUCAGUGCCCGCCUCCUCGUCCACGAGUGGGAACACCGAACCGCGCGGACGUCGUCAACCGCCGUAGCGGCUCCGAUCGACGUUCCGAUGGCCCGACGCCCCAAGAACAAGGCACGCAUCGCGGCGACCCCUUCUACAUCGACGGCCAUUGUCGACUCAGAGCGCGGUGGACCUGACGGGGACAUGAAAGCGAAGGCCGACAGCCUCAAAACGCACGACGCGGUGAUCGCCAAGUUCGAAGCGUUCCUGGAUUUGGGCUGGCCACUGUUGGACAAGGCGGUGGAGAGGUUCGCACCGCCCGCUGAGCCACAGGCAGGAAAUAAGCGCAUGCGUGACCCGGGGAACAAGGAGGAGAUAUCGGACGCCAGGCCGUCGAAGAAGUCGAAGCGUUCGCACAAAGAGCCCAAAGUCGGAUUGAGGCGUAGUGCAAGGAUCGCUAUUCGAAAGCGUUCAGGUCGUCCUGCUAGUUGA